AUGCAGCCUCAGAAGCAUGGUGCACAGAGAAGCGGAGCCCCCCCGGUCGCCCACCACCGCGGGAGCGUCGCAGGGCAAGAGACACAAGAUGGCGCCGGCCCGACAGCACCUGGCGAGCUCUGCGGCUCACGGCGCCGCCUCGCCACAGCGCAUGCGCGCCCGCACGCACUGCGUCUCUCCCGUUUGGCCAAUCAGAGAGAGGCUUCAGCCCGGACAGCCAAUCAUCACAGGGCAGGGGACGGGGCUGGAGUUAUGGCGGCCGGGACUGAUCUGAGCGGAGGGUUGGAGCCGGUCGCCGUGGCAGUGGCACCGCCAGGGGAGGCCCCGCCGGCCUUUCAGUACAGCCCAGACAACGUGGCUGGAGCAGAUGGAGACGUUGACCCCACUGAAAUCACCUUCCCAGGCUGUUCUUGCCUUACCAGCUCCUGCCUGCGUGCCACCUGCUCUUGCCUUCGCCACGGUGAAAACUACAGCAACUCAUGCCUCAGGGCUGCAGAGCAAGAGGAGGGCUACACCAGGCCUGUGUUUGAAUGCAAUGCCAUGUGCCAGUGUGGGGAAUCCUGCCAGAACAGGCUUGUCCAGAGGGGUUUGCAGCUCAGGCUGGAGGUGUUCAAGACUGAAAGGAAAGGGUGGGGGCUUCGCACGCUGGAAUUCAUAGCUCAGGGCAGCUUCGUCUGUGAGUAUGCUGGGGAAGUUCUGGGCUUUAAGGAGGCACGUAGAAGAAUUCAGGCCCAGACCCCAAAGGACUCCAACUAUGUCAUAGUGGUGAGGGAGCACCUCCACAGCGGUGGGGUCCUGGAGACAUUUGUGGACCCCACAUACACUGGUAACGUCGGCAGGUUCCUGAACCACUCCUGUGAGCCAAAUUUAUUCAUGGUGCCAGUUCGGGUUGACUCAAUGGUGCCUAGGCUGGCCCUUUUUGCAGCCACUGAUAUUUCUGCUGGAGAGGAACUUUCCUAUGAUUAUUCUGGAAGAUUCCAUAAUUUACCAAACUCUGACAGAGAACAGAAACCUCCAGAGGAAGCUGAUGGCCUGAGGAAGCCUUGCUACUGUGGUUCCCGCACCUGUGCUUCCUUCUUGCCUUGGGACAACUCCCUCUUUUCCACACCAGAGCCUUGCUCAGGGAGUUCUCCAUAG